CCCUCACUCAAGAUGGCCACUUUCCGCCUUCGCUCUCGUUGGUAAAUUGGCUCUUUCGGCUCCUGUUACUCGCCCCAGCUUUUCAAUUGCCCGUAGUAGCCAUGGCGGCCAUGAGUCUAUUGCAGCGGGCCUCGGUCACUGCAGUGGCCGCUCUGUCCGGCCGCCGGCUUGGCGCUCGACUUGGAUUCGGGGGCUUCCUCACCCGUGGCUUUCCGAAGACUGUCGCUCCUGUGCGACACAGUGGAGAUCAUGGGAAAAGACUGUUUAUCAUCAAACCUUCUGGAUUCUAUGACAGGCGUUUUUUGAGUUUAAUGAAAUUCUACAUUUUGUUGACUGGGAUUCCAGUAGCAAUUGGCAUAACUCUGGUGAAUAUAUUCAUUGGUGAGGCUGAGUUAGCAGAAAUUCCAGAAGGCUAUAUCCCAGAACACUGGGAAUACUUCAAGAUUAAAGGAGCUAGAAGUCCGAAAGUUAAUGCGUGCAAGAGGCGAUGGUCCCUGGUAUCAGUAUCCAACCAUUGACAAGGCGCUGAUUGAUCAUUCUCCAAAAGCAACUCCUGACAACUAAUCCUUUGUUUCUCUAAAUACAAAAUAUAUUCUCUUUAGGGGAAAAUUAAUUAAUACAUUCUGUAUUUUUUGUUCACGUGAUGAAUAAAAGAUCUCCAUUGCUUUUUUUCUCAGCAUUGGUUGAGAUUAAAAUUUUGUGUGGGAUUUUAAUUUUUUUCAGUUUUAUUGAGGCAUAAUUGACAAAAUUGCAAGACAUUUGAAGUGUACAUUAUGAUGAUUUGGUAUACACUGUGAAAGGCAGAUUAAGACUUGAUUUGUGGGUUUUGCUUCCUCUAAGGUUUAUCAUAUAAUAAAAAAAAAACUUGGA